GGUGGGUAUUUGGGGGGUUUUGUGUGGAUAUUUGGGAUACUUAGGUGGGUAAUCAAGGGGGUUUUGUGGAUAUUUGGGAUAUUUCUGUGGAUUGAUGAAGUCAAAACUCCUCAUCCUGCCCUGGGCGCCAUCCUGGCACCCUGAGGAGUGAUUUUUGGGGCUGGAUGGGGUUUUUGCGUGAAUGGAUGGGAUCCACGCUCAGAUGAGAGAUUUGGGUGAAUAUUUGGGUGGAUAUCUGAGGGUUUUUUUUUUGAUAUUUGGGGUAUUUGUGUGGAUCGAUGAAUUCAAAACUCCUCAUCCCGCCCUGGGCACCAUCCUGGCACCCCUGGGGAGAGAUUUUUGGGGUUGGAUGUGGUUUUUGUGUGAUGGAUGGGAUCCACACUCAGAUGAGAGAUUUGGAUGAAUAUUCAACGUAUUUGGGUGGGUAUCUGAGGGGUUUGUGUAGAUAUUUGAGAUAUUUAGACGGGUAUUUGAGGGGUUUUUUGUGAAUAUUUGGGACAUUUGGGUGGGUAUCUGAGGGGUUUGUGUGGAUAUUUGGGAUAUUUCUGUGGAUUGAUGAAUUCAAAACUCCUCAUCCCGCCCUGGGCACCAUCCUGGCACCCUGAGGAGAGAUUUUUGGGGCUGGAUGGGGUUUUUGUGUGAAUGGAUGGGAUCCACGCUCAGAUGAGAGAUUUGGCUGAAUAUUUGGGUGGGUAAUUGAAGAUUUUCUGUGAAUUUUUGAGGGGUUUUGUGGAUAUUUGUGUGGAUCCACGAAUUCCCCUCUCAGUUUCCCCCUGCGCACCAGGCCCAGCUCCCUCAGCGGGGAAACGCUCCAGAGCCCGAAGCACGGCCAUGGCCCCGCUCCAGGCGCUCUCUGUGCUCCCGAGGGGCCCAGCCCUGUGCCCAGCGCUCCAGGUGUGCCCACCCGGCCGGGCAGAGGGGCAGGAUGGCCCUGAGCUGCGGGCACUGCCCUGCCCGGCGCGCCCGGCAUCCGCCGCCCGCAGGCCCCGGGCCCGCUCGGCUCGCACCGGGGGCCGCAGCGGGGUGCUCACGCCGCGCUUUCAGCCACAGCUGAGGCCGCAGCGGGGUGUUCACGCCAUGCUUUCCCCCUCACCUGCACAGCGCUCACCUGAGCUCUCACCUGAGCGCUCACCUGGGCUCUCACACCUGCCCCCCCCGGCCCAAAAGCACCCGCGGCGCCGGUUUCCCGCCGGGACGGCGCACAACACGCCCACAUCAAAGAUGGCGGCGGCAGUGUCACCCGCUGCGCAUAACGGGCGGGAGCCAGUCCGGGCGGAAGCGAGUUUGGGCGGAAGUGGGUCCGUCCCGAAUUGGGUCCCCCGCGGGCGGAUGCGCAGGGCCUGGCGGCGCGGCGGGAUGGAGGCCGGCGGCCACGGGCAGGAGGCCGAGGCGGGCGGCCAUGGCGGCCACAAGAAGAAACACAAGAAGCACAAGAAAAAGCACAAGAAACGGCACCACCACGAGGCCGGGCCGCCCCCGGGGCCCGAACCCCCUCGGCAGCCCCGGCUGCGGCUCCGGAUUAAGCUGGGAGGGCAGAUCCUGGGCACCAAGAGCGUCCCCACGUUCACGGUGGUCCCCGAGGGGCCGCACUCGCCGUCCCCGCUGCUGGCAGGGGACGAGGAGGAGCCCAGCGUCCCCAUCGAGCAGUACCGGGCAUGGCUGGACGAGGACAGCAACCUGGCCCCCUCCCCACUGCCCGAGCUGGACCCCGAGAGCUGCUUCCCCCCCCGUGAGGAGGGGGAGGAGGAGGAGGAGGAGGAAGAGGAGGAAGAGGAGGAGGAGGAGCGGCGCUGGCUGGCCGCCCUCGAGAGGGGGGAGCUGGAUGACAACGGCGACAUCAAGAGGGAGGUGGACGAGUCCCUGCUGACAGCCCGGCAGCGCGCGCUGCUGCACAAGCAGCAGAGCCAGCCCCUGCUGCAGCUGCCCAUGGGCGCCAAGGCCAAGGAGGUGACGGAGGAGAUGCGGGAGAAGCGGGAGGAGCGGGCGCGGCGCCGGCGGCUGCAGGCGGCCCGCAAGGCCGAGGAGAGCAAGAACCAGACCAUCGAGCGCCUGACGCGCACAAACAAGGCCAAGGUGAGGGCCCUGCGCGAGCGCCGCGCCCGGCCCCGGCCCUGCGCCGUGGUGCACUACCGCAGCGCCGCCGACGGCGUCACCGUGUCCUUCCCCGCCGGGCUGCCGCCGCCGCUGCCCGCCGCCGCCGCGCCGCCCGCGCCGCCCGCCCGGCCCUGCGCCGUGCCCGGCUGCACCAACGCGCGCCGCUACUGCUGCGCCCGCACCGGCCGGCCCCUCUGCAGCCUGGGCUGCUACCAGCGCAACCUGCAGCUGCUGCAGGGCGCGGGGUGACGGCGCUCGGCGGGGUGGAUGCUCUGAGGGGGCUACGGACCAUCUGCAGGGGCUAUGGAUCCUCUACAGGGGCUACAGACCAUCUACAGGGGCUAUGGACCUUCCCUGGGGGGCUACGGACCCUCUGAGGGGGCUUUGGACUCUCCCUGGGGUCUACAGACCAUCUAUGGACCCUCACCAGGGGCUAUGGACCCUCUACAGGGGGGCUACAGACUAUCUACAGUAGCUAUGGACUCUCCCCGAGGGGCUACAAAGCCUCUCUGGGAGGCUACAGACCCUCACCAGGCCUCUAUGGACCCUCCCUGAGGGGCUACAGACUAUCUACAGGGAGCUAUGGACCCUGCCCAGGGGGGCUACAGACCAUCUACGGACCCUCCCCAGGGGCUAUGGACCCUCUCUGGGAGGCUACAGACCCUCCCCAGGGGCUAUGGACCCUCUCUGGGGUGCUACGGACUCUCUCAGGGGUCUAUGGACCCUCUGUGGGGGGCUAUGUAUCUUCUCCAGGUGGCUAAGGACCCUCCCCAAGAGGCUAUGGACCAUCUACAGUGGCUAUGGACCCUCCCCAGGGGCUACAGACCCUCCCCAGGAGUCUAUGGACCCUCUACAGGGGCUAUGGACCCUCCCUGGUGGGCUAUGGCACCUCUGCAGUGGCUAUGGACCCUCCCCAGGGGUCUGUGCACCCUCCCGGGGGGCUGCGGACCCUUUCCCGUGGGUACCAAGGCCCCAUCCCCAGCCCUGCGGAGCUCCUGCGUUAUCCGCGUGGGGCUGGCACAGGACCCUGCAGCAUUCCCGCUCUGGGGAGCCCCAGAUCCUCCGUGAGGGGCCAGAAGGCCGCACAGGGGGCUUCAAACUGUCUGCUGUGGGUGCGGAGGGCCCGGCCGGCACACAGGGGACGGGCAGAGCUGCGGCGGGCUGGGGACCCGGGCAGAGAGGGAGGGAGGGCGGUCCUGAGGCGGGUCCUGUGGCGGAGCUCAUUAAAGGCUGUUCGUGAAGGAGCCG